AUGAAAUUGUUUGUUGUACUUGUUUGUGCUGUCAUCUUCACCGUGAAGGCGUCUCCCCUGGGUGGCUAUCACGACUCGAGCGUUGCUGAUAUUGUAAAUUUUGAAAAUUACAACUCAGGCAAAAAUGGAUAUCGUUACCAAUUUGAUACGAGUGACGGUACCUCGAGAGUAGAAGCUGGAGAACUCAAAGAUUUGGGAUAUGAUAGUGAACGCUUAGCAGUUAUGGGAUCCUAUACCUUUGUGGAUGACAAGGGCAAGGAACACACAGUUGAAUAUACUGCUGAUGAAAAAGGAUACAGAGCCAAAGUGAAAUACUCGUCAUAG